GCGGUAGAUCAACGAAACAGUCAGAGACAGCGUGAACUGAGUGGAUUCAUGCUGGGCACUUCCUGACUUCUUCAGUUCUUUCUUCACAUUCAACAAAUUUCUGAUUGAACGUCUCCAGAUCAUUUUUGUUCAACUUUGGAAAGUGUAUCCUUGUCUUGUUCGUUUUAGGGUUCCUUUGCCACAUACUUGUUACGCGCCUGUAGAAAUAAUCUGAACGUCUUGCUUGUUGCUGCAAGAACGAGAUCUGAUAAUUGUAUUUUUGAAGUAGAAAACUGACUUAGUCCUCAGGGUUAGUUCACCAUGGCGAGCUCACUCACGCAGACCCUUCUGGUGAAGCCAGAAAUGUACGUUUAUCAAAUUCCUCCGAGGCAAAGCAAUAGAGGAUACAGGGGAAGCGACUGGAAUUUGUCCAACCCUGAUUACACUGUGCGUUUGAGAAUCGUUGGUGAGGGUAGCAAGUGUCUUAUCAAGAUGGAGGAUAAGAUUUCUGGCGAGCCGUUUGCCGAGUGUCCCGUGGAACAGUUUCCCGGCCCUGCCGUCGAGUCGGUCAUGGACAGCAGCCGUUACUUCGUACUCAGAGUUCAAGAUGGAUCAGGGCGCCAUGCUUAUCUGGGAGUAGGGUUUGCCGACAGAGCUGAUUCGUUUGACUUCAACGUCGCAUUGCAAGAUUUCUUCAAGCGGGAGCGUGUAGAGAAAGAGGCAGCCAGCUCGCCAGCACCGCAGCUGGAUUUGUCAUUCAAGGAGGGCCAGAAGAUUCACAUCAACAUCGGAGGGGCGGCAAAGGCUGCAGCAGACAAGCCGCGACCCGCGGCCGGCGGUACUAUUGGCAUUCUCCCUCCACCGCCAGGCGGCUCUGGCGCACGUGCGUCACCACAGCCUCUUGCUCCACCACCUGCAGCGGGGGCUCCGGCAGCCAGCGCUGGCUUUUCUGACGAUGCCUGGGGUAGCUUCCAGAGCAGCUCAAAUACAACUACAACGCAGGGUUCUGAUCCUUUUGGCAGUUCAUCUAGCAGCAGCAGCAGCAGCAGUGGGGGUAGUGGAUGGGUGCAGUUCUAGACACGGCUCUCGUUUAUCGUUGGUUUUAUUUCAGAGUUUUGUCGUUAACCAGAUCCCUCUAUUGUGACAUUGAUUAUUAUUAUUUUUAAACCUACGUAUGCUAUGUGCAAGGGUGUACAUAUUUCUCAUGACGAUGUGCAGGAUAUGCUGCUCUGUUUAAAAAGUGUAUUAUUCUCCCGCUGCUGCUCCCGUAUCCGCCCUGUGGCAUGCUUUGCUUGCCCUGGCGAGAUCGCUACUAUAUAGGCCACCUUACCUCGUCUCUCUCUAUUCACAUGUACUCGACUAGGUGGGGAUCCCUGCAAUUGAUCUCACCUUGAAUGACCGCAACUCCCCCCCCCCCCCCCGACGGAUAUUCCGAUUCUGCUUCUAUUCCAUUUAGUUUCCUCUCAGAUGUAGGCGUACGUGGUCUCACACUGUGUUCUGGUCUUACGUAUGUAUCUGUGUUCUAUUUCGUUCGAGUUCUUUUUCCCCGGCAUGUCUCACUCUUUUUGUUUGUUCGUCCCUGUGUGUGUCCGCGCCGCCCCUGUCAAACCACUUGCCACUCCAUGCCGUAGUCUAAACGAGGAAUAGACUUUGAAGUUCUCUAGCCUCUAUGCCUACACCAUUGCAGCUAUGUUGUAUCUUAGCCUCCAUUCAGUUAGGACUUGACAGCUCAGUGCUCAGCUGUGCACCCCCCCCCCCCUUCCGACCCACUUCAUCGUUUUUCCUCUGCCAGCUCAGAAGACAUCCCAGGUCCCCUGCCCGUUGGCCUUCUGUUUUAGCAAUUGCUUAUCCCGCCUGUGUGUGUCUUGCGCCCUGUCACAUAUUUGUUAUCUUGCUGCUGGCUGUUCUUGUAAUUUAUCCGAAAGCCGCUUAGGUUUUUUUUGUCCGUGGGUAAUUGGCAGAUUCCUUACGAUUUGCAGUGUUCUCUGCUGCUCUUGUAUGCAAGUGGCUGUGAUGUUCA